AAGGCGGGGGUGUAGUGGUGGAGAGGAGCUUGCUGGUAUCUCCAAAAGGCUCCAAGAGGCACAUAAGGCAAAUAUCACCACCACAAACCAACCCCUCCCUUGGUCCGGUGAGCAGCCUGACUCAGGUGCCUGCACAGGGCAACCUUCUGGGCAUGCCCGAUGGCUGCCUCCCACUGCAUAUAAACUGCCCCACGAGGAAACAACCCGUAUUCAGCACCAGAGAGGCUAUCCCAAAAUGAAGACUUUCCUUGUCCUCUUGCUGGGAGCAGUCCUGUGCUUGGGCUCAGGUUCUUCUUUGCAGUGUUACAGCUGCACAGCACAGCUCAGCAACUCCAACUGCCAGAAGAAAGUGGACUGCAAGGAUAAGGAGAUAUGCAAGACAGAAGUGUUCAGGGCCUCAUCGUUCUUCAGCCUCAUCAACAAGGGCUGUGACUCGUCCUGUGAACCACUCUAUCAGCAACUAGGUGUAGGCAGCAGGAACGUCUCCUGCUGCAACAGCAACCUCUGCAACUUCAACGCGGCGAGCAGUGUGAGGUGCAGCUAUGGGAUGGCAGCGGGGAUAACAGCCGGCGUGCUCUGGACCUUCCUGAACAACAGACUGUGAGGAGCAAAGAGGAUUCCCACGACUACAGAAAGUCUUGGAGCACCCUUCUGAUGACGGGAAUUGUAGCUGGGAGCAACGUGGUACAUUGGGCACGCAGCAUCCUUGGAGCUGAUGGCAGAUCUUUGCCGUAUGAUAGCUUCUUCAUUGCUGUUAUUGUAUUGCUGUAGUGCUACCAGAUCAGAAAAUACACGUGCAUGCUAUCUGCCUAACACCUAAAAUACACUUAUUUCUGAAUCAA